CCCGAAAGUUGGUCGAAAGUGGCGUAAAGGGUGGCCACGAUUCAAGCGCGACAAUCUGUUUCGCGCCUACUUUACCAUUCCUCAGAGUGUCUAGUGAAAGUGAAAACUGUUGCACCGACAGCAACAACAGCGACGACGGCAUGGCCCUCUAGAUGGUGGUGAUUGUUGUAUUCCGCACCGAACGCGUGCUGGUGUCACCUUGAUGCGUGUGAUGACUACCUUCUUCGGGUGAUAAUGAUGAUGAUGAUGAUGAUUUGCGGGAAGAUAUCCUUCCAGCGAAGAAUAAACAAUCCACCGCCGCCGCCACCGUCCACGCCGUCCGUCCAUCCAUUCAUGCUUCAUCCUUCUUUUGGUGUGCUCUUCCCGUUCUCAAUUUUUAGGUAUUUCCUUGUCCUCCUCUGAAGCAAAAGGGGAAAAGAAGUGGUGAAGCAGUGAUCCCAAAAACCAAAAAGACCAAAAAUAUGUAAACAGUUUGGUGCCGUGUGGCGUCGUCUCUUUGGACCACGUUGUCUCUGUGCAUGUGUAUGUGUGUGUAUGUGCGUGUGUUCUGCUGUGCGUGAGUGAAGUGAAGCACUCGCUCUCUAGUGGCUUAAAGGGGAACGGGAAAGAAGAACCAGUUCAUGCCCCUAGCGGCCCGUCGUUGUUGUUGUUGUUGGGUGCUGCAUUCUCCUCCACCCCGUCCUCCAGUGACCGAAACGCGCCAUCACCGGCACCAGCCGCUGCCUCCCGUCCCGUACGGUGAAAGAUGGCCGAAGAUGGGUGCAAAUCGUCAUCGGCGGAGCAGGAAGUGCUGGUUCGCGGCGAUGGCCAGCAGAAGAAGGGAGACGAUACGGUGCAGUCCGAUGUGAGCCAAGCGGCCGAUGAUGCCGCUGUCGUUGCCACCACCACCACCACCACCACCACCAUCGACAACCACAAACCCGUCGACGUCGUCGAAGAGAGGAAACAAGAAGCAGCUGCUGCACCGGCUUCACCGGAAGACACAAUGGCUGCAUCAGCAGCAGAACCAACACAAGUCGCCGUCGCCGAUGAUGAUGAUGGCGAUGAUGAUGAUGCUGGUGAGCAACGAGGGGAACGGCAGCGGACACCAUCACCCACUGUUACCACGAGUCCACGUAUGGCGUCUUCUCCACGAGCCAAGAGCACGCCGAAGGCCCCGUCCAGUGCAACGCCCAAACCCUCAUCGACGGCAACGCCACAACCAGCAGUAUCGCCCUUACCAACAGUCGAAGAAUCCAAAGAAGAAGAAAAGAAAGAAGCACAAAUAGAAGAGCCUGAGGAGAAGGAGCAGCCGCAGCCAGAGCCGGAGCCAGAGCCAGAGCCGGAGCCAGAGCUCCAGCCAGAGCUCCACCCAGAGAAGAAACCCGAGGCCACCAUCAUGGCCAACAACGACGACGACGACGACCACGUCGCCACCGCUGCUGCUGCUGCUGCUGCCAGCGAAUCGGUUAAGCCAACAGUCGAUACAGAGCCAACGGAUGUAGCGGAGGAUGCUGAGCAAGAAGGGACGGAACGGACGACGACGGUUGCACCGGACGAGAAGAAGCACAACGAGGUCGAUCCAUCGCCGCCCUUGUCGCCACCGCCACCCGUAGUGGAACUUUCCAGAGAAUCAGCGCCAACACCGGAGACCGGUACGAGCACCAGCGAACAGACGGAGACCGAACAAGUUCUUGAGGCGGUGCACCCAGAGCCUGCUGCAACGGAGACGCCGACGACGAGCGAAGGUGCAGCGGUUCCCGUUGCUACUGGUGCUGCUGGUGCUACUAUGGAAACGGACGAUGUGGUGCUACCCACCGAGCAAGCCGACAGUGAGCAAGCUGGUAAAGAGGACGACGCGCCAGCUGUGGCUGCCAGUAGUAUCAACAGCGAAGAAGAGGAAACGGCCGCAGCACCAGCACCAGCAGCAGCAGCAUCGAAACCAUCGGAGCCAACCCUGAUGACAGCUGUUGCUGCUGCCGCUGUGCUGCCCGGUGAGAAGAAACGCAAACGACGUUCGGAAGAGCGCAGCAACCAUAGCGAAGACGAAGCCAUCGGUCGCGGCAGCAGCAGUAGAAGCAGAAGUUCCAGCCCCAGUGGUCGUUCGGUGAAAAAGGUAAAAUUGGCGGACGCGAACAAGCAGCAGGAGUGUGACGACGGUGAGGAGCAGAAACAGAAGGAGAAGGAGAAGGAGAAGAAGGAGGAGGAGAACGAACGGAGUGAAGACCCAGUGAAACAGUCCCAGCAGCAGCAGCAGCAGCAGCAGCAGCAGCAGCAGCAGCGGCAGGGUGGCAGCACAACCAUGUCCAGCGGCAUCAGCACUGUGGCCACUACCAACACCACCACGUCCACCGGUAUAUCGUUGCUGAAGCCACGCACGGUAGGGAAUACCCGCCGACCAUCGGUUGUGGAGCGAUCGAAGAGCCCAUCGCCAGCUCGCGCGAAAUCGCUCGAUGCUGCCAGCAGUGCAAAGGACGAUUCAACCGCUACGAUACGUCCAGAUUCACCAGCAGCUAAGGAAUCGAUCGAGGGAGAAAGCACUCCACGUGCAACACCCCUCAAGGAACCAUCAGCAGCAGCGUCCUCGUCCCCCCCGGUCCCAAUGACUGAGGAACGUCGAAAAUCGGACGAAGAAAUUAUCGCUACCAGCACUACCACCGUCGUUGCCGCGAUAUCGUCCUCUCCGUCAUCGGGUGUACCAACGGCUGAAACGACACCCACCAAGGCAUCAUCGCCACAGCACAGCGAAGGUGGCUCCACCCCGGUCAAGAUACCGCUCGAUACGGGCCGGCUGGAGGCGGACCUGCAGUGCUGCAAGCGGCAGCUGGCCGACGUACGCUCCAAGUACGACGUGACACGCAAGGAGCUGCACGCCACCAAACGCAAACUGAAGCGCAUUACGACCCGAAUGAAUGGUUUGACGGGGGCGGCAACUUCGGCGACAGGAGGAGCAUCAUCGGUGGCCGGCAGUGGAUCGGGUGGUUCCGGUCCCGGAUCGGGCGGUACCUCGCCGCACGGCGCCACUGGCUCAUCCGACGAAUCGGACCGUAAUCGCAAGUGGCGCGAACCGAUGAUACUGUCCGCGAUGAAGAUUAAGGCCGCGAUGGGCAUCCAGGCGUACAAGUCGCUGAUCAAGGAUGGUGAACUGCUGCUGCCCAGUCUGCGCACCAUCACGCGCUACCUGGAAUCGUUGCGAAAGGCCGCGACCACCGGUGGUGUCGGUGGUGGUGGUGCUGGAGCUACUGCUGCUGGUGGCCAGGGAGUGAUCGGUUCGGGUACCGUUGGCACUGCCACCUCCCCGAUGCUGGUCGACGAAGAAGAGGACGAGGACGAUGAGGACGAAGAGGACGAUCUGGCCGUACAGCACCAGCUAGGUCACGUUGUCGUUACAGCGAAAGGUCAUCUGGGACACAAAACGGCCAGUAGCGGUGGCGCCAAUGGUGGUGUUGGUGGUCGUCGUGUAGUCGAUCACAAUCGCAACGAGCAGCGUACACGUCCGGGGGGUGUCGGUCAACACUAUCCUCCUUCCCAUCACCACCAUCUACCACCGGAUGUGCAUCUACAGGCAGUUGACCAGCGGCACAUCAAGACGGAGCACGAUCCAGUCAGCUUUACCGCCUCGCCGGAUAUUAACUACUACCAGCACAAUGCGGACGAUGACGAGUACGACGACGAGGACGGUUGCCAGAACCCGGCCAGUAUGCUGGAAGAUGGUUCCGGUUAUGGCGGUGGCGCCGAGGCAGACGGUGCAAACUAUCAGGCCCAGUACCAUCAUUCGCAUCAAGCGAAUCAACACCAGCAGCAACAACAACAACCACAGCAACAGCAAACGCUAUCACAAGGCCAGAUCGAGUUUCUCAAAUCGAUGGUUGGGUUCCGCAAAAAGUGGACACCGUACGAGCUGCGGAUGUGCAACGACAUUCGGCGUAUCAUUGGGAGCCGGGAGUACGAUUCGUUGCGCAAGAACGACGGUAUGCCGCUGCCGAGCGUGAAAACGUUGCGCAAGUACCGCCACACGGCGCAGGACGAGGUGGAGGAUGUGGUGAACCGGAAGCGCCCGAAGCAGCAGCAGCAGCAGCAGCACGAGCUGAUGGACGAUCCUAGUCACGCCAGUGAUCAGUCACGUACGAUGGGAGCAGAGGCAGGUGAUCAGGCCAGUGCUGCUACUGUUGCUGCGGUCGCGUCCGCAGCGGCUGCUGCUGCUGCAACCGUUGGCCGAUGUUUCUUUGGGUCGAAGCAAUCACUCAAAUCGGAGCGGGACAGCCUGGAUGGGCAGUUUGAUGCAAGGAUGUUGACCCUACCACAAAUCAGCUUCCUGCAGACACUGUCGAUGAACACGAAAGGUUUCUCCGAUUACGAGCUGCAGCGUUCGCUCGAGCUGAAGAACGAGCUGGGCUGCAAAAACUACGAAAUGCUGCGACAGCAGGAGUUCCUGAACAUUCCCACGCUGGCGAUGCUUACGCGGUACGAGCAGGAUAACGGGCUGGAGGAUCUAUCGCGCUACGCCGAAGCUGCGAUCGAGGAGGACGAGGAGCAACCACGAGCGGAGGGAAGCGAUGGUAGUACGGCAGCGGCACCUGCCGCUGCUCACCACCACCAUCACCAGUCGAUGGUUGAUGAGCAACAGCAGCAGCAACAGCAGGAGCAAGAACAGGAACAGCAAAGGCAGCAGGCGCAACAGGAGCAGCAAGCUCGUGAGCAGCAGCAACAGCUUGAGCUGUACAAUCGGUUGACGCAAGCAGAUCCGGCUAGGCACCCGCUCUUCGAUAGCAUUGCCGACGAUUCGCCGCCCGGUGAGGGUGCGGAUUUGUCCGGUAAUCUAACGGCGGCCGCUAUUGCGGCAGCAAUGACGGCUGCUGCAGCAGCAGCCGCGGCCGGUAUCCAUCCGCUCGAUCUAAACGGUGGCUCGGGUACGGGCGAUGAAUCGUCGCUGAGCAUCUUCGACCAUCACUCGAUCUUCGAGAAGGAUACACCCUCGUUCGACAUGAGCAAACUGUCGCCGGCACACGUCGAGUUCCUGAACACGUUACCGGAGAACCCGAAGCGAUGGACACAGGAGAUGAUUAACUCGGCGCUCGACAUCAAGAAUGAGAUCGGUACGCGCGACUAUGAGAUCCUCCGGCGACAAGGCAUUCCACUACCGGCCGCUCGAACACUGCGACGCCACAAGGAUAUCCGCAGCAAAGCUGAUCGGGUUGGUGGUGAACCGGGGGAACUGAUGCCUCCUGGCAGUGCUACCACUCCCCCGUCGGCCGGUAUCGUUAGUAACGGUUGAGC